UUUGAACCCAACAGCCGUUCAGAGAGGCGGACGGUCCGGUCCCGCGCGACACGUCUCUUGCGUACCCUCUAGCGCUGCCGCGCGGUGUAGUUAGCUUUCAGAUAGUUUUUCAGAAAGCGAAGAUGUUUUAGCGCAUAAUACAGCAUACACCCACGUGGUACUCUCAGGCGACGAGCGAUCCCUCACCUCGUCGUCGGCGCGCGUGCAAGCAUCGCGACGCACGCGUUACCCCCCUCGCGUUAAACGCGUCGGGAAUCGAUUGAUAACAGCGAUUUCUCCGACCGACGAUUCGGACAAAAGCUGCACGGUGACAUUGCGGUAGGGAAAGCGUAAGGAUAUAGAAAAAAAAAUAGAGGCGGAAUGCUCGCUGUGCUCUGACGCUUGUAAGAAACGCGCCAGGCAAGCCGAGUGACGCCAGGCCGGAGAAGGUAAGAGGGAGGUCGUAAACAUGGCCGUGUAGCAGCUUCUCCCGCCGCAUCAUUAGGCAUUUCUCCGGAGACGGAGACGUAGGUGCGAUGAAACGCUCGUUUGUUUCGUGCGUACGGCAGUGCUCUUAAAUUCGAAGUGUUUGUGCAUUCGCGAAAGCGUCGGGAGAUUCAUUUAUCGCCGAGUCCGCGCCACCCGGAUACAUUUCCCGCUCUUUUGACUCUCGUCCCGUCCGCCCCGCCGCCCGUCUUCCCGAGGGAAUCGUGCGUCGCCUAUAAUGGAUAUGAUAUCGAAUGGAUUGCUCGUGCCGAAUGGAUUGCCGAGUAACAGCGUAGAAAUCGCGGCCUAUCAAUCGUCCUUUUACUCACCACCGGCCACAGAGGCGUCUCGAUCUGGUUACGACUCCACUAGCGGCGGAGAUUCUGACAUCGAGUACGGUACGUCGAUCAACCAGGAGAAUCAAGUACAAAGUCAAGUGCAAAAUCAAGCGCCAAGCCAAGUGCAAAAUCAAAUAUCGACUGCGAGUCACAAUCAAGGGAAGCAUAUAAAUAAAGGAAGAUGGACCAAAGAAGAAGACGCUUUAUUGAAGCAGUUAGUAAGCAACGCGGAACAGCUUGGCACUAGUCUACGGUGGGACGUUAUAUCCAGUCACUUUCCAGAUCGGAGCGAUGUCCAGUGCCAGCAGAGAUGGGCGAAGGUCGUGAAUCCGGAGCUGGUCAAGGGCCCAUGGACGAAGGAGGAGGAUGAGAAAGUGGUUGAGCUUGUAGAUAAAUACGGUCCGAAAAAGUGGACAUUAAUAGCGCGACAUCUGAAGGGUCGGAUCGGUAAGCAGUGCCGAGAGCGAUGGCACAAUCAUUUGAAUCCGGGGAUAAAGAAAACCGCGUGGACAGAUGCGGAGGAUAAGAUAAUUGUCGAGGCCCAUCGUAAGUACGGCAAUCAAUGGGCGAAGAUUGCCAAGCUUUUGCCGGGUAGAACUGACAAUGCAAUUAAGAAUCACUGGAAUAGUACGAUGAGGAGGAAGUAUGAAGGUGAAGAAGGAAGAGCUGCGAUCAAAGGUAGAGGUAAAAGAAAAAGCACAGAAGGCGCCACUGUCAUAAGAGAUUCUCUUCUUCUGGAAGAUAGUAUUUGCGGCCAGAGUGAAAUAAAAAUUACCUCGAUUAGCGGCAACGAUUCGGCGAUUCUAACGGCCGGCAGCGUGUCGCAGACUUUCGAUAUCGACCAACUAGACUGGAUCAAAACUUUGGGAUCGCAGCAUGCUGUCACGAGUUACCAAGAUUCGUUGCACAUAAACAGACGUACACACGGCAAUGAAAAGCACGUGCAGUCUCCAUCGAAGAGAGGAUCCUCUCGAACGAAAACCGAAACAGUUUCAUCAUUUCCUAAAUAUUACAACCUGCAACAAAUACAGAACGAAACGUCCGAUGCGAAGAGCUCGGAAAUAAGAUUGAUGCCGAUGCCCGAUCUGGAGGAUCUAACUGAGCACGUAGAGAAGAAGAGCAGUCCGCCUCCUAUAUUGCGUAGACGAAGGAAUGUUCAUACUCUACCGCAGAGGAUAGACACCCCAGACAGUGGAAACCACUCGGAUUACAUCAUAAUGAAUCAAGCGUUGCAGACGGGAAACACCACUCCUUCGACUCCUAUCAAGCAACUUCCAUUCAGCCCUUCUCAGUUUUUGAACAGUCUGAGCCCGGAAACGUCUUGGCCAUGCGCAAGUACUCCUAAAGGCAGCAGUCCCGGUCCACUUACGACUCCGCAACCGACCAGUUUUCGACGAAGUCAGAACGGAUACAACAAUUUCUAUCAAUACUUUGUAUCAGACGGUAAUACACCGAGGACGCCGACGCCAUUCAAAAACGCUCUGGCUGCAAUCGAGCGACUUAGCGGAACGGUACAGUUACCUGAUACUCCUAGUCGGCUGGACGCUCUGACCGAGAUAAUCAAGCAGGAAACUGAUUGUGAGAGUUUGGCCGGAACGAGUACGAUCCUGCAGGACUCGGGCUACAGUACAAUACGAAGGCGCGGUAAAGAGAACAGUGCACCGGGGGGAAAACGGGCGCGCAAGGCUCUUUCUCAGGCUUGGUCGAAUACAGCCCAGGAUAACUCUGACAUGAGUUUUCUUGUGGAAACACCGAGUAAGAGUUUGGACACCUCUGCACUGUUCUCGCCUGCAUCCAUGGCGUUGGAAGAUAGUUUCUUGACGGCAGGGACUAGUCCCGUGAAGACUCCUCACGACUGUACGUGUAUACAACAACAACAACGGAAGCCUAAUGCCAAGAGGGCAAUCACGUUCGACACGUUAGACAGUCCUUGUUUUCACAUCAGCCCUCUGCCCCUCAGGCCGGUAAAACGCGCUAAGUAUUUGGAAACGCAAUGGACAACAGUGGCGUGUGGUCGCACGCGCGAUCAGAUUGAGAUGACCCGCGCUGCCCGAUUUUUUUUGAGCAGUCACGGAUUCCCGUUGCGUCCACGCUAUUUGAACUUCUGAGAUAAGAAUGAAAGGCGAAAGACCGGCGCACUGUGUGGUACAAAAAAAAGGCAUAUUGCUAAACUAGUCCUAGAUACGAAGUGUAUUACGCUUCCGUUUAAGGAAUACACGGCCAUUGAAUAUUUCACGCGCUAUAAAUUUGAAAGGUACAGCGACGAAUUCGAUCGGUUGCCUCGAUGUGCGUGGAUUAAUUCUGCAGUACUCGGGGUGACAAAAAUAUGACGAAAAGAGUUUCAUCUGGAAUCCUUGUAGAACAGUGAUAAAACAAAUAUUAACGGAAAAGUACAAAAAAUGUAGGUGAAUAAUUUGGAUGUAUAAAUUUAAUCUUUGCAGUAAUUACUUAUAUCAUUUAAUUUAGUAUUCGACGGAAAGAUAUUAGAGAUACAUAAUCCUUACAUAGAUUAAAUUUGUAAAAUCCAAAUUUUACAAAUUUCUACACUUUUUAAUACUUUUUCGUUAGUAUUUUUCAUUGUUUAAAUUUGGCAAGAGUAGUAUAAAAAUUUUCUCACCGUUGUUAUGCGUUUUUGUAGAUAUCGUUAGUAGUUUCGGGCGCGUCGAGUGCAAUUUGUUGAAUUCGGUACGUGACACAUACGAAAGCGCCACAGUGCAGUCGAAUUGCCAUCCGAGAUUACGGGGUUGUUGCACUUAAUCGACGAUUUUUCUCGCGCUGUUUUCACCGAGAUGCAAAAAGAAAGAAAAAAAAACGCGAACACGAAAAUGAAUCCUCGUCCGCAUAUUGGAUGAUAAGAAGUAGAUCGUAUAUAAGUUUGUAAUUUUAUGUAUAAUUGUGCCUGUACUUCGUCCCAUGAGAAAACAAGUUCGAUUUGUGUAUCUGAACGUGAUGUCUAGUUAUUGCCAAAUGAUAUCAAGUAUUCACAUAUCGCGUUGUGUUCUUCUUCUAUUUCAUAAUUGUUAUUCGUCAUAAUGACAUUUCGACUUUGAGUCUCACAUCCACGGAAAUAGAUAUAAUAUGAUAAACAACAAUGACGCCUAAUUAUUGCUUGAGGAUAUCAGGUACAUAUUACUUAUGUUGUAUAUUAGGACAUUUUCAAAGAACUCUUAUUUCUAUGAGAAAUAUUUUUUCUAUUUCUUUAAAUUAUUGUGUUUAUCAUUCCGUGAGCAAUCUUAAGGUAAGAUUACUGUUUGCUAUAUUUAGCAAAAAUUGACCAUUAUCUUAUGAAAUAGAACUUUGCGCCGAAAAGACGGCGAUAUUGCUUUUCGUUAUGAGUGUAUCUGGAAUAUCGAAUGAAUGCAAGUAUGUAUAAGUUAUUAUAUCUUGUUGCCGAAAGAUGUGCGCGCUUUUCGGUUGCGAGUAUCCACUUCUUGUCAUCCUAUUGUAUAGGAAAAUAUUAAAAGAAUAAAAUUAUAACGGAUUUAUUUGAUACAAUAGUAUAUUAUACAUAAUAUAAAACAAAAGCGUUAUUGCAGCUGUUAUGUACAAAGAGCCUUUGUAAUUGGUAUUUAAUUUACAAGUGAAUAAUAAAAUCGUGAUGAUAAUCACAAUAGGAUCUACGUUCUGUCACGAAGCUUCUCUAAUACAGACAAUUCUACACAUAAUGUGCAAGAUACAUUCAGGAUAAUCCGUUGACAGGUAAACGUCCAAUAUUAUAACAAUAUUGUUUUAAUGACAUUAACAAACAGUAUUGUAUAAUUAAAUGUAAUAAUCAUUGCACUCACGAUAUUGUUCUUAAAAAUAUUUAGAUGAAGCAUGCUGAAAGCUAUCGAAGAAUCUUUAAACUGUUCACUUUCGCAGUUUAUUAAGAAUAUCGCAAUAUUUGCUAUAUUUGGAAUACAAUGGAAUAAUGAAGUUGACCCCACUGAUAUUGGCUUGCUUUCCAAUCCGAAACAAAAAUCUCAAAAAAAUAAAUUGCACCUAAAAUAUCACACGUCAUUUUACGAAAUAGUUAAACUCGCGUUUCAAGAGAAAACUACUAAUGCUUUUUAUCCAGUCGUUUAUUAUUAAAGUACACGAAGACUACUAUUUGGUAACUAGAAAAUAUUUUGUAUCAAAUAGAUUGCAAAGUUCACACGACUGAUAUCCCUACUAAAUACGUUAUCUAAAGAUUUUAUAUUCUCUAAAAAAGAAAAAACAGAUUUACGUAGAAUUAUAUUAAUAGUUGAAUAUUAGCAGCUAGAAAAAUGCCUCUCAAAGGAAAUGCGAAUUCAUGAUACGCAUAUUGAGAUUAGACACAUUUAAUAUUUCAUCAUUAUUCAAUGAAAAAUAUUUUCCUAAUUAUUCGCUACAUUAAUAUUUCAUUGUUGCAUUAUGUGCCACCCGUGUAAAUACAUCUGUGCUCUUGUGUAAAGCAUUCACACGUACGAGAAAAAAAUUAUUACGAGAGAACAGUAAUACGCUCAAGCUUCUCCGACUAGAUUACGACUAAAUAAGAUCUUUUCCAAAUAAGAUAGAAUAUAUACUGAAGAUUUACAAGCAGAAAUUUCUCAAGUUCAACCUUUACUUCUAAUUAGUCGAUUUGUUCAAAAUGUGAAGUCACUUAAAGUGCAAUAAUAAUUAGGCCAUCAGGUUUCGGCAAGAACUCUCUAUAUAUGAGUUACCAUUUACUGAUUCAAUGAUUUCGUCAGUAUUUAAGAAAAGAUUGUGUUUUUAGUGAUAUCGCAUAUUAUCGAUGAUACAUAAACAUAUAAACAUUUAUGUAAAACUUGACAUAGAGUAUAUAGUUUUACUCAAAGAUGGGGUGACACCGUGCAAUAUACUGUCUAGUAAAAUGAAAAAUUUCGCGACAUCUCUUUUUCGCGUACUACUUUUUCCGUUCACUCUUAAACAAUCAUUGGUAUAUAAUCCUCUAAUCAUUUUCUUAGGCGUAAUUAAUAAUCGGUUAUUAAUGCAUUGCCAUUUCAGAAGUAAAUCUAGACACGAGAAAUACGUAUAAAUUAUAUGAUAUAGAAUGUUCAAGGACUUGCCGCGCAAAAUUUUCACCCGCGAAUUUUUUUGAGCAAUUUAGAAGUCAUUUUCUUUUAUUAAAUAUUAAAGAAUGUAGGCUUGAAAUUUGCGCGAUAAGUUUGUAAUAAAUUUUUAAAAUAAGAAUGUCAAAAACAAAGCAUGUAGCGCGUUGGCGCGCAGUGGUAGGUUCGAUGCCAUUGCACAAAAAUAUUGCAUAGCUGAUGUAAUCUUUCCGACAUUGAACAAAAUGUUCUGCUUCGAAUGUCAAAAAGAACA